AUAGAGCCAGAGAGCAAGAUUACACGCCACUUGUCCUGGAAACUGCCGCCCCAUCGGAGCUCAGUCGGGUAAUGAACAUGUCUUAUUGGAUCCGUGUGGUCGGUGCGUUGGUGUUUUGCGCAGUUUACUUAAGCGCGGCUGUUACAGUAACUCAGCCGCCUUCGAUGUCCACCUCUACGGGACAGAACAUACAAAUACCCUGCACCAUAUCGGGUACCAGUUCAGGCGCUAACUAUGUCUCGUGGUACCAACAGAUUCCUGGCAAAACUCCCAAGUAUCUAUUCGGCCAUACUACCGGCGGCAGCAUUUAUAAAGGCACGGACAUUCCAGACCGUUUUUCCAUCUCGGUGUCAGGCAGCUCUGUAACAUUCGCAAUAUCUAGCGUUCAAUCGGUGGAUGCUGCUGACUAUUACUGUGCCAAAUGGGAUAGUGGUUUACAUUUCGGUAAAGGAACGAGGCUGGGUAUUGGCGAUCCUCGGGCACCGAUCGUGACGGUCCUGCCGCCUUCAGCCGAUGAAGUUACCUCAAAGGGCACCGCCACCCUGGUGUGUUUGGUGAACGGCUUUAAUCCGGGCUCGGUCGCCGUUGAAUGGAGCGUUGACGGCAGUGCAAAAAAUAGCGACGUUGACACCAGCCCGAUCCAGCAGGAUAAGGACAACACGUUCAGUCUCAGCAGUUACCUGACUCUGACAGCCUCAGACUGGAACUUACACGACCUUUACUCCUGUGUGGUUAAACACCAGGCUCAGGCAAACCCACUUAAGACAACUAUCGAGAGAUCCAGCUGUAUCUGAUGUUGGAAACGUGAGGCUGACCUGACUAAGUUAGUUUAUCAUCAUUGGGUUCGUUCAUGUGACAAAGUUAGUAAUGUAUUGGACUUCGGUGUUUUCGCUCAGAAAUGCCAUUUGUAGUUGAAACUUCGAUUUUUAUGACUUGUUCACUUUAAAUGUAGUUCUUUCGAAAGAAUGUCGUUCUUGAAUGAAGCAUCAAAUAGAUUCAAUUGCGUUAUCCAACAGCAUGGAUGUUGUUAUUGUACCCAUGGUAUCUUUGUAGCCGUUGAAUAAAGUUUAAAAAACGCAUUUCAAAUGCA